AUGUUAACAGGAGUAGCUGAGCGCUGUCGACCGUGGACAAGAAAUUGCCUGCAACAUAAUUUUUAUGAGGAGCAGAUAUGUAACCAGGAGAGGAGCUUCACUCUGGACAAGGACGAGUUAGAACCUCUGCAGGUGAAACAAGAUCAGGAAUGGCCUGAAAAUCUGCAGAUAAAAGAAGAGCAGGAGGUUCGAGAGCAUCAGCAGAUGAAAGUGGAUGAGAAAGACGAUUACAACAGUCAGGGUCAUAAGCAGCUUGAGAUAAAACAAGAGACAGAUACCUGCAUGGUGGUUCCUAUUUCCGAGACAACAUACCACACUGAAUCAGAACCAAAUAAGAAACAAGACAUCUUCCAGGAAGCUGCUGAUUCUGAGGACCAAAAUCAGGAAAGAAGAAAACCUUUCUCAUGUGCCAUAUGUAAAAAACGUUUCACUUUCAAAUCUGCUUUUGAGCCUCACAUGAGAACUCACACUGGUGAAAAGCCGUUUUCAUGUGUGAACUGUGGAAAAAGUUUUUGUCAAAAACAGGAUUUAACUCAGCAUCUGAGGACUCACACCGGUGAAAAGCCAUUUUCUUGUGCGACCUGUGGGAAGUGUUUUUGUCAAAAACAUAGUUUAACCCAGCACAUGAGGAGUCACACAGGUGAAAAGCCGUUUUCAUGUGGGACCUGUGGAAAGGGUUUUUGUCAAAAACAUAGUUUAAUUGACCACAUGAGGAGUCAUACAGGUGAAAAGCCAUUUUCAUGUGUGAACUGUGGAAAAAGUUUUAGUCGAAAACGGGAGUUAACUCGGCACAUGAUGAUUCACACUGGUGAAAAGCCUUUUUCUUGUUUGAACUGUGGAAAAAGUUUUUGUCUAAAAGGGCAAUUAACUCAGCACAUGGAGAUUCAUACAAGUGAAAAGCCUUUUUCAUGUGUACAAUGUGGAAAGUGUUUCGCUAUCAAAUAUUUACUCAAUGCUCACAUGAGAACUCAUACAGGUGAAAAACCUUUUUCAUGUCUGAACUGUGGUAAGAGAUUCACUGGUAAAUCUUCUCUCAAUGCUCACAUGAGAACUCAUACAGGUGAAAAGCCUUUUUCAUGUGGGAACUGUGGAAAAUGUUUUUAUCAAAAACAGAAUUUAAAUAAGCACAUGAGGAUUCAUACUGGUGAAAAGCCAUUUUUAUGUCUGAAAUGUGGAAAAUGUUUUAGUCAAAAAUAUCAUUUAACUCGGCAUGUAAUGAUUCACUCCAGUGAAAAGCCUUAGAAGUUCACUAUCUAUGGCAUUUGGAUAAAAACGUGUUAUUUACCAGAGGGCUUAAUAUUUAUAAAUUGGUGACAUUUUUUAAUUAAGUUGUUAAAUGUGAUCAUUUGGAUCUUGAAAUUUGGAUUCUUAGAAAUGUGCAUCUCUGAAACGUUUUCCUUGAGAGACAUUUUUUGUUGUUGUUUUGUAAUUGUUUUGCUUACAAAAACAUUGAUUUUAUUGAUUCUA